AUCCGAGGAAACAAGAGCGCAGAGCAACGCCUGCGCAUCGACCAAUCAGAGCGUCUGCUACGUGUGACGUAAGAACAGGCGGAUGGGGUGUUUAGAAAGCCGGUUUCUCCAUCAGGAAGCCCGAACAAACGCCGCUAGUCUCAACAAAACAAAGAUCAACCUGCUGUAGACUCCAUCAUACUUCAUCAUGUCUGACAUUAACUCUGGGGGAAACUAUGAGGAAUGCAGAAACACAGCUGAUUGGCUGCUGAACCACACUCAGGUGCGACCAACUGUGGGAAUCGUGUGCGGGUCAGGCCUGGGGGGGCUGGCUGGCAUGCUGAAGGACCCGCAGGUCUUUAAAUACAGCGACAUUCCCAACUUUCCCCGCAGCACAGUGCACGGUCAUGCAGGCCAGCUGGUGUUUGGGACACUCAAAGGGAAGCCAUGUGUCUGCAUGCAGGGCAGGUUCCACCUGUAUGAAGGUUAUCCCAUCCAAAAGAUUACGUUGCCUAUGCGCGUCUUCAAGCUGAUGGGCGUCGAAACUGUGAUCCUGACGAACGCAGCUGGAGGCCUGAACCAGGACUUCAAAGUGGGCGACAUCAUGAUCAUCAAGGACCACGUCAACAUGCCCGGGUUUGCUGGAAACAACCCGCUGGCUGGACCCAACGACGACAGGUUCGGCGUCCGUUUUCCCUGCAUGUCCGACGCCUACGACCGCGAGUUGCAGCAGCUGGCGCACGAAGUGGCGACAGAGCUGGGCUACAGCGACUUCCUGCGUGAGGGGGUGUACUGCGUCCUCGGGGGUCCCUCCUUUGAAACCAUCGCUGAGUGUCGCAUGCUGCACCGCUUAGGGGGCGACGCUGUUGGGAUGAGCACGGUGCACGAGGUGAUCGUCGCCCGCCACGCCGGCAUGCGUUGCUUCGCCAUGUCUCUGAUCACCAACCGGUCGGUGAUGGAUUACGACAGCCAGGAGCGGGCCAACCACGAGGAAGUCCUGGAGACCAGCGGGCAGCGGUCCAAGCAAAUGGAGAAGCUGGUGACCACCAUGUUGGACCGGCUGGACAACAACAARAACAACUCCUUCUGAACGCCGCCUCGCACCUGGUCCGAGGAUUCCCAAAACGCUUUUUUACACAAAUAAAGUGUCGGCGUUUAAAAACAACACGGUCAGUACGAAAAAAAAUAGACAACCGUUUUACUGCCGGUUACUUUCAGUGUAGUUUAACGAUCUUUAAAGCUAGUCUACAUUUUUAAACAAUCUUUUAUACACUCCUCUUUUUAGAGUUGUACAGAUGUUUUAAACUUUUUGAACAAGAGUUUUUUAACASAUUCCUGCUGUCCUGCUCUGUACUCAGCUGACUAAAAUCAUUCUGCAAUGUUUUAACUUAAACUUCAACAUAUUUAUUCCACAUUCCCUUCAAAGUACAAAUUGAUUUUCACUUUAUUCUGCAGGGGACCAACUCACUGCGCUCAAGUGUAGAAAUGUGUAAAAUAUUCUAAAUUAUUUAUAUGAAAUGUAUUUAAGUGGUCUUUUGAAAAUGUUGUUUUGUUUGAAAAAAAAAGAGGAAGAAAAGCUCUUCUGCACAGGAUUGUUAGUAAUGAAUGUAAAUGUCCUCAAAAUGUUUCGUCACUGGGAUCAUUGGUGGUUGUUGUUUUUAUUGGUACUUUGAUCUAAAUUCUGCAAAAGGGGAUCUAGUUUUUUAAUAAAUUGCACAGAAUCAAA